CUACUACUAGCUCCAAUAACAUGGCCCCCUGCAAUAUGAGGACAUUGGAUCAUCAAGCUACCAAUGGGCUCCGAAAGCUGAGGAAGCCCGUUAUUGAGAAGAUGAGGAGAGAUCGCAUUAACAGCAGUAUCGAGCAGCUGCGUCUCCUACUGGAGAAAGAGUUCCAGAAACAUCAACUGCCCUCCAAACCUGAGAAGGCCGACAUACUGGAGAUGACGGUCACCCUUUUGCAGCAGCACAUGGCUGAGAAAACUGUGACAGCAACCUCCAGCCAAGCCUACAGAGAUGGCUACUCCACCUGUGUCCAGGACUCUGUGACCUUCCUGUCCAUGCACAAGCAAACAGACGCCCAGCUGCAGCUGCUGCAGAACCUCCACGGGGCUCAGAUGGUGCCCGGCGCUCUACGUCCUUCUGUAUUCCCCGUCUCACAUUCCCCCAGCAAGCACAGUGCUCCAGACAGCAGCAAAGCUCUGUGGAGACCCUGGUAG